AUGGUCCCCCCAGUGAUUGAGGACAUAAACUUGUCUCUUUGUGACACGCCAAACUUUCCUUUCAUCGACUUAGAAACCAUACAAAGUGAAAUACGGACCAGAACAAGAGAAAAGCUUGAUGCGAACUGGGCAAGCGCACACGUGCUGUCAUCCAUUGCUAGAUCGUUCCUCGAUGAAAUGUCGAUGGGAAAUCAUCCCGGAGAAGGUGGAUGCCCCUCAAACUUCGGCCAGGUUCGAGAUAUGAAAUUAGAAGCACCCCUCCUGCGAACCGAUCACGAAAUUGACAUGCGAAUGUUUCGGCGGAGAAUUUCACUUGAUUUCAUGGAGAUAGAUGUACCGUUGGAACAGCUUGACGACGAGAAUGAUGAAAGCUUGAAGUUCCCGAGCAACUUCUGGAGCCAGCCAAAGCAGUUGUGGGAUGUAGCUCAGGCAGAGCGGCUGAGCGGUGUGAAAGACGGUUUGAUGCUGAUGCAGGAGAUUAAGAGUCAGAUUGCCGCACCCGGAAAGAGGGAUGUUGAUGACUGGAUAAGUGAAGGAAUUACCUUCUGUCGCAAGAGGAAAGAUAUUGACCCUCAGACACCCAUAUUGUUACCUAGGGACCCCACUCCGGGGCCAUUUGAACCGCCAUCUCCCUGUUUGGAAAUGGAAAUAUUAUCUGAUGCCGAAUUUCAGGACGCUCAGCAUGUUGAAGAUACUCUUACGACAAACUGCGAGCAGAUCGUGGCAGAUUUCCUUACGACCAACAGCCAGGCCCAAAGACUGGGGUUGCCAACAGAUGGAUCUAAUGAAACAUCGCAAGAUUUCGAGGACCUAACUUCAUUACCCAUUGUUCAAAACAUAACUCAAGACUUGAAAAUUGGAACCCCUAUCACUCCGCCGAUAUCAACUAAAAAGCGGGCUGCUGAAAGUAAUGAGGAUAUCUUAAAUGCCAUGGCUCGAACCGGCGUUUUCUCCGAAAUUGCUUCACACGAUGCGGUGGAUAUUGAAUCCAUUAGCAUCCCCGAAGAUCUGGAGGAAGUAGUUAGUGCAGCAAAGAGAAAAGCAGAAGAUGAACUAAAUUCAGACCGCAUCAGAAGCAUUAAUCCAACGAUACGAUGCAAUGUGCCUUGUCUUAGAUCACCGAUCAAGAUCCCACCGUGGCCUGUAGUCGCUGGCCUACCGAAGACUGAAUUGAAAAGACUUUGUCUGUCAUUUAUUUCGGAAAUUACACGGAAUGAUUUAGCUGGCAUCCGGUAUGCUAUGGGUGAAGAUAAUCAAAAGGAUCUCAAGUGGCAACCAUUUUCAUUGGAAGUACGGAGACUGGAGGUCAGAGAAAAUAUAGAUCCAGAGGACGCCGUGGAAGGAAAUGAAGAGCUUAUGCCGCGAGAGCUUUACGAAAAGGUAGGGCUUGUUUCAUCGCUUCAAGGGAAGGCACUUGAGCAUUAUGGAGACGAUAAAGCGAAAGCUAGUGGGUCAGGAUACUCCCAUACAGCGAAGAAGUUCAAAGGAAUCGACAACAAAACCGGAAGCUUAAAAGCUACGGAUAUUGAGCUGAACGUCAAAUUUGCGGAGGCCUCACUUGUUGGUUCAGGUUUAUCGUCCUUGUUUUCCCCUUUUGACUCACUUUCCAAUUUUAUGGAGGUCCGUGGUCGCAGGCCUACAGAUUCUCACUCGGAUAGCUUUCCACACAUCGUCCACUCGGCUCCACCUGAUUCAACGGUUUUGGUACAGGACAACCCGCGUCCCAAGACUGUGCCACUGGUGGACCCUCCCAACACGGCUCGGCCACAAGAUCCCCUGACAUUUGUUUUAUCUUCCUCGCUUCUCCAGACACAUCGUUCCAUGAUUCAUAGUCUUGAAUCCCUAUUCCCAGUGUGCAAUAUGAUUUUCCGUGAUUACAGUAGUCUGCCAAAACGACAGGGAAUCGCCCAGGAACUGAAUUACCCAGUUCGUCGACGUAUUUCCGAGAUUUGCCUUUUAUAUGAAGAAGUAUAUGUCUUCAUUUGCAACCCUAUCGUUACCCUAAACAAAGAGAGGUUAACGAGACCGCAUGUGGAAAUGGAAAUGAACGAUCGAACGGUGCAAGCUAUCGAAUCACUGAAAAAGUUUUGCGAGUCGCUUAACCAUUUUUCAACCAUAAACGCUUUCCCCGUCGUUAACGAUGCUAGUAUCAUAACAGACUGGUUGGUUAGUCUUGCAAGUAAACAUUACACUAUGACUCCGUGGUCCGCUUCCAAUAUUGUCCAUGAGCUUGGAAAGCCAGCCAAAAUUCGUUUUUCCGGAAGAUACCUCACCAAGCGAGAAUUCCUCCGGCAGUAUGGUGACAAUGGAUUACACUAUUCCGGUAGUCAUUCGAUUCAAGCAACUCAGAAUCCAAAAGAUGCGCUCUUCCGCUUCGCUUCUAUGAAUCCUUUUGAACGGAAACGCAUUUUCAUCCCACUUCUCGGGCAGCGUGUGUUCGAGCGUAUGGAGCGAAGACUGGCAGUUGAGGUAAUAUGA